AAACAACACACCGUGGUGCCACUGCAAGGCUCUCUGCUUCCUUAUCUCGGCAGCUGGGAGGAGUAAAAGUCGGCUGAAUGGAUUUUCUCAGAAAUCCUCAGCAUUGAUUCGGCUCCUGGACGGACAGGUCAGCCAUGUGGAAACAACCGGACUCCUGAUAAAUUCCCCCAUUUUCUUGAAACAGCUGCAGGACUUCCUGAUUUUGGUUGGGACGUGUUUGGGUCAGGGUCACGUGCAGUUUCGAAAGUGAUACCGGUUUCAUUCAUUGUGUUUUUAAAGUUCCUUCACAUGCUCAGAGUGUCUUAUUUGUAAGGGAUUUUGGGUCAGAACAUGAAGGGCGACCAGAACACCAAGGAGACUGGUCCAGAGUUGCGUAAAGAUGGGAAUAUCCAGGCUGGCACAGCGAACGGUGACUGCGGCGCUGCGCUCCCGACGCGCCUUUACAGGAGGCGCUGGGUGAUGUGCCUCCUGUUCAGCGCCUACUCCCUGAGCAACGCGUACCAAUGGAUCCAGUACGGAAUCAUCAGCAACAUCGUCACGAGGUUCUACGACGUGGAUGGGUUCGCCGUAGACUGGCUGUCCAUGAUCUACAUGCUCGCCUACAUCCCCUUCAUAUUCCCCGUCACCUGGCUGCUGGAAAAGCGGGGGCUGCGCUUCACCGCGCUGGUGGCGAACGCGCUCAACUGCGCAGGGACGUGGAUAAAGGUGGCCAGCGCAAGACCAGACCUGUUCUGGGUGACCCUGCUCGGACAGUCCGCCUGUGCCUUAGCCCAGGUCUUUAUCCUCGGGAUUCCCUCAAACCUGGCCUCGGUGUGGUUCGGCUCUGACGAAGUUUCCACCGCCUGCUCCAUUGGAGUUUUUGGGAAUCAGUUGGGCAUUGCCAUUGGAUUCCUGGUCCCACCCAUUCUCGUCCCUAAUGUGGGUGAUGUUGAUGAGCUGGCGCAUCACAUCAGGUUCAUGUUCUACAUCAGCGCGGGCGUGGCCUCCUUCGUCUUUAUUCUUGUGGUCAUCGUCUUUCAGGAGAGACCAGAGAUCCCACCAACCCAGUCCCAGGCUCAGGCCAGGAUCUCCCGCUCCAGUGAUUACUCUUACAUGUCUUCCAUCUGGAGGCUACUGUGCAACAAGGCCUUCAUGCUACUUGUGAUCACCUACGGGUUGAAUGUCGGCUGCUUCUAUGCCAUUUCCACGCUUUUGAACCGAAUGAUCAUCGAACACUACCCUGGUGAAGAGGUGAACGCUGGGCGGAUCGGUUUGACCAUCAUCAUUGCCGGAAUGGCAGGAUCUCUCAUAUGUGGGCUUUGGCUUGACAAGACCAAAACAUACAGACAAACCACGCUGGUGGUGUAUAUCCUCUCGUUGGUUGGGAUGCUGGUUUACACCUUCACCCUGAACCUGGGGCACCUCUGGGCGGUGUUCAUCACCGCUGGAUCGCUAGGCUUCUUUAUGACGGGAUAUCUUCCUCUUGGCUUUGAGUUUGCAGUGGAGCUCACCUUCCCAGAGUCUGAGGGAACCUCAUCUGGUCUGCUCAACUGUUCAGCUCAGAUCUUCGGAAUCAUUUUCACCAUUGGACAAGGGAAGCUCAUCGAUAAAUGGGGAACUUUAGCCGGAAAUGUCUUCCUGUGUGUUUUUCUGCUAAUAGGGACAAUAAUGACAGGAUUCAUCAAAUCUGACCUCCGGCGGCAGAAAGCCAACCAGCAGGCGGAGGUGCAGCCAGUGAGUCAUACAGAGUCCAUGACAGUCCAGAACUACGGUGCCACAACGUGCAGCAGCAGUCAUGAAUAAACCUCACGGCUUCACAAAAACCUAAACACGUCUGACAAGAAGAUGGCCGCUGACGUUCAGGCAGAUAUCCCGAAGGAGAGGAAGUUAUGAGGGAAAAUUUCUCCUCCGCAAACCAUGAAGCGAUGAAACUGUUAUGGGACACGUCAACAUUUGCACAUGUAGAAAACGACAAGGAGAGCUGCUGCUGUGACCAGUGAGUACACGGAGACGCUGUUACCAUGCUGGGGACCCCAUCCUCGAUUCUUCAGAGCAUCAAAGCUGCUGCACCUUUUGAGCUACACUGACGAGCCACAGAGAAAUCCCAUUAGGAUUUCAAUUGCAGUUUCCUAAAUUAACCGUUGCAGACACUUUGAAGGUUCUUUCAGAAAAGACAUUAUUUACAGUAGAGACAUUUCAUCUUUGAAUUUUGCAACAAAGUCUUUAUUUUUCUGACUCCACUCUGUUAAGUUGUCCAACGGAUCCCUUUCGUAACAGAUUUUUGCGGCCUUUAUACCUUUCUAAUGGUGUAAAUUUAAAGAGUAAUAGUCAAUUAGUUUGGUCUGAUGUUGCACUUGCACUGCGUGCAUAUGAAGGUAUUUAUUUGGGAGUUCUGUGUUUUGUAAGCUGGAAUCUCAAAGGUAGACCCUUACACUGAGUCAUGGUUACGCAUUACCUCUCUGCCAUCAAAGGAUCACCUGGUUGGUAUUCUGCCGAUUUAUAAGUAAUGAUUGGCGUCAUGCAUCGCCGUUGACAAGCAGAGGUCAAUCUUGUCCUCGUUUUACAAGAUGAUAUAUAUGAAGUUUAAAGAUCUAAAUCAACUUUUUAGAGUAUCAGGAAAAUAAAGAAUGUCUACACAGAACGAGGGGGCUGGAAAAUAAAAAUUUGCCGUUCUGCACACAAAUGUUUUCACUGUAUUCUUUUUCCAGAAUAGAAUGUAUCUGUGGCUUUAAGGUUGUACGAGUAGAGUCUGCACCAUUUUUCAGUGCACGGUUUAUACAUCCAGAGUUCACCAUCAACCUGUGGAUUAUUAUAUCUUUUUUUUUUUUUUUU